GUGGCACACGCAACAAGCCGCCCUCCUGACUUUUUUCCGGAAAGACGUUUCCGUCACGAAUCUCCCAACCUCUUCCGAGCUCCGGAAGCAACAACUUCUCUCCCGAUUCUUACCACAAAUCGAAACCCUAGUUCGGACUUCCGCACGUCGAGGUGUUGUUAAACCCUAGUUCGGAAUUUGAUCCUCAGUUCUCCCUCUCUCUCUUUUCCCCUGCUUUUACGAUGAGCGAUCUGAGGGCGAUCUGCCGCCCCUACGCCGCCAUCACCUCGAUCUACAGCUACAGAGGCCAAGGAGGCCUCGCAUUCUCUCCCUCCGCCCCCGCCCGGAAGUCUGAUCUCCAGAUCCUGACACCCUGCCAUGCUUCGUCGCCGUUCGUGCUCGAGGACCACGCCAGGAUGGGGUCGCGCGCCAGCUCCAGGCGGACGCUCACCAGAGUCUCUGACUGGAAAUCGGAAAAAUCUCCAUACGAAACCCUCGAGCUGGAAAGGGAUGCUGAUGAAGAGAACGUAAAGGCUGCUUACAGAAGAUUGGCCAAGUUCUAUCACCCAGAUGUCUAUGAUGGAAGAGGAACCCUCGAGCGAGGAGAAACAGCUGAAGCUCGAUUUAUCAAAAUCCAAGCUGCUUAUGAACUUCUAAUAGAUGAAGGGAAAAGAAGGCAAUAUGACAAAGAUCACCGAGCCAAUCCUAUGAAGGCUUCUCAGGCAUGGAUGGAGUGGCUAAUGAAAAAGCGAAAAGCAUUCGAUCAACGGGGAGAUAUGGCAAUUGCUGCUUGGGCGGAACAACGGCGGCACGAGAUGAACCAACGAGCACGGAGGCUCUCCCGAUCUAAGAUUGAUCCUGAUGAAGAGAGGAAGAUAUUAGCCAGGGAAAAGAAGUCGUCGAUGGAGUAUUUCUCCAGCACCCUGAAGAGACACACAUUAGUGUUGAGGAAGAGAGAUUUGAUGCGGAAAAAGGCAGAGGAAGACAACAAAAGGGUAAUCGCUCAACUUCUAGCUGCAGAAGGUCUUGAACUAGACACAGAUGACGAUGAUGAAGUUGUAUGAAUUGAUUUUUUCCCUAUCAUAUGGAAAUUUGUUGUACAUAAACUAUUCAAGUUUUUCUCUAAUGUUCUUGUUAGAUGAUAAUUUUGUUGGAAAAAAAAUAUGAAAAUGAACAAGGUGGAAAGGAAGGAGAUUCCCUUGA